CGAAAUUUUUAUUUCUUUUCUGUUUUUAUUUUAAUAAUAAAAAAAUGUGUAAAAAUCAACACAACAUUUGAUUUUAUUCAUCUUUUGUAGUAGCCAUUUUAUUCAAACAAAAGAACAAAAAUUCUUAAUUAUGGCUGGAAUUAAUGCCGAUAUGGUUAUAUUGACGGGAAAUUCUCAUAAAGAAUUUGCGAAAUUAAUUGCUGAACGUUUAGGCGUGCGAUUAGGUGCAUGUUCAAUUUAUCAUUCAUCUAAUCGUGAAACGGUAGCUGAAAUUGGUGAUUCAGUUCGUGGUCGUGAUGUUUAUAUCGUUCAAACUGGUGCAAAAGAUGUUAAUAAUGUCGUAAUGGAAUCAUUGAUCCUAGCGUAUGCAUGUAAAACAUCAUCAGCUAAAAAUAUCGUCGGUGUUUUCCCUUAUAUGCCAUAUUCGAAACAGUCCAAAAUGCGUAAACGUGGCUGUAUCGCUGCUAAAUUGAUGGCCAAAUUGUUUUGUAAAUCCGGCUUUACACAUAUAAUCACAAUGGAUUUACAUCAAAAAGAGGUCCAAGGUUUCUUCGACAUUCCAGUCGAUAAUCUGCGUGCAUCACCAUUUUUAUUGCAAUAUAUCCAGGAAUCAAUACCGGAUUAUCGUAAUGCAGUUAUCGUGGCCAAAGAUCCUGGUUUGACAAAAAAAGCAACUUCUUAUGCUGAACGUUUACGUCUUGGUAUUGCUGUUAUUCAUGGUGAACAAAAAGUUUCGGAUUCCGAUCAAAUUGAUGGUCGUUCAUCACCACCACCGCAUAAUAAUCUAAGUACAUCGCCAUCAGCAUCAUCAUCAUCGCUUGAAAGUCGUAUUAUUGAUGUUCGAUUGGACAUUAUACCUAGUUUAGCGGAAAAGAACAAACCACCAAUGACCGUUGUUGGUGAUGUUAUGGGACGGAUCGCUAUUAUUGUUGAUGAUCUUAUCGAUGAUGUUGCCGCAUUUGUAGCAGCAGCCGAGGUUCUUAAAGAUCGUGGCGCCUAUAAAAUCUAUGUAUUAGCCACACAUGGUCUAUUGAGCCAGGAUGCACCGCGUUUGAUUGAAGAAUCACCAAUCAACGAAGUUGUCGUUACAAAUACCGUACCGCAUGAAGUUCAAAAAUUACAAUGUGCUAAAAUCAAAACUGUGGAUAUAUCCAUUUUAAUAUCGGAAGCAAUUCGUCGUAUUCAUAAUAAUGAAUCAAUGUCUUAUCUAUUUCGCAAUGUUACUUUGGAAGAUUAACACCAGAUUUUUUUCCAUCUUGAUAUAA